AUGCACCAGCUGCGGCUCCUGGGCCACCUCUGUGAUGUGACGGUCAGUGUGGAGUACCAGGGGGUCAGGGCAGAGUUUGUGGCUCACAAAGCUGUGUUGGCUGCAACCAGCAAGUUUUUCAAGGAGGUGUUCCUCAAAGAGGAGGGCAUGGAUGGCCCCAGGACCAACGUGUUCCUCAACGAGGUUCAGGUGGCUGAUUUUGCCUCAUUCCUGGAGUUUGUCUACACUGCCAAAGUGGAGGUGGAGGAGGACAGGGUGCAGCGGAUGCUGGAGAUAGCUGAGAAGCUGAAGUGCCUGGACCUCUCUGAGACCUGCUUCCAGCUGAAGAAGCAGAUGCUGGAAUCAGUGCUGUUGGAGCUGCAGAACUUCUCAGAGUCACAGAGCUCCGAGGAAGACAGCGCUGCCCCGCCAAGCAUCAUGCCUGACUCCAAAGCAGCUGGAGCUGAGGAGGAUCCUCCUGAGGCUGCCAGGCCCAGCAAUGGGAUGUCCCCUGAGGUGCCAGCUGCCAAACCAAAGGAGAAAGCGGACAAAAAGAAGGACAUGCUGAAGCCUCCUUACGCCAAAAUCAGGAGGGCGAGCGGGAGGUUGGCCGGGAGGAAGGUGUUCGUGGAGAUCCCAAAGAAGAAGUACACCAGGAGGCUGAGGGAGCAGCAGAAGGACAUGGAGGCUGGUGCUGAAGAGAAAUACCCUCAGGAUGAGGAGAGAGAGGAGAAUUAUGUCAAACCUGACAGUGAGGAGUGCGACAGCAACUCUGAGGAAACCCAGGAGAGGCCCAAGGAGGACAAAAAGAAGCGUGGCAGCAGCUUCAAGUGCAGCACGUGCCAGAAGGAGUUCCUGUACGAGAAGAGCUUCCUGAAGCACAUCAGGCAGAGCCACGGCGUCGCGGCCGAGGUGGUGUACCGGUGUGAGACCUGCAGCCAGACCUUUGCCAACCGCUGCAACCUCAAAAGCCACCAGAGGCACGUGCACAGCAGCGAGCGGCACUUCCCCUGUGAGCUCUGCGGUAAGAAGUUCAAGAGGAAGAAGGACGUCAAGAGGCACAUUCUCCAGGUUCAUGAGGGUGGUGGGGAGCGACAUCAGUGCCAGCAGUGUGGAAAGGGGUUGAGCUCCAAAACUGCCCUGAGGCUCCAUGAAAGGACGCACACAGGCGACAAGCCUUAUGGGUGCACAGAGUGUGAGGCUAAGUUUUCUCAGCCUUCUGCACUUAAAACACACAUGAGAAUCCACACUGGGGAAAAGCCCUUUGUCUGUGAUGAGUGUGGGGCCAGGUUCACUCAGAACCACAUGCUUAUCUAUCACAAACGCUGCCACACAGGGGAAAGGCCUUUUAUGUGUGAAACCUGUGGGAAGAGCUUUGCCUCUAAGGAGUACUUGAAACACCACAACCGAAUCCACACGGGAUCCAAACCCUUCAAGUGUGAGGUUUGCUUCAGGACAUUUGCCCAGAGGAAUUCUCUGUACCAGCACAUCAAAGUUCACACAGGAGAGCGACCCUACUGCUGUGACCAGUGUGGGAAGCAGUUUACCCAGCUGAACGCGCUCCAGCGACACCACCGGAUCCACACUGGGGAGAAGCCCUUCAUGUGCAAUGCCUGUGGGAGGACCUUCACAGACAAAUCCACCCUCCGGAGGCACACCUCGAUCCAUGAUAAAAACACCCCCUGGAAGUCCUUCCUUGUCAUCGUCGAGGGAGCAUCAAAGAGCGACGAAGGCCACAAGACAGAACUUCCCGACGAAGAAUACGAUGUAUCACCUAAAAUCCCAGAGAAGCUGCUGUCCUUCCCGGACAACAGCCACUACCAGAGCCUGCCAGCUGUCCAUGGAAGCACGGACUGUAAGUCCUCUGGAGCACCAGGACCACAGGAAGCACUGAUGGUCUCCAGCUUGAGUGAGCUGACGGUGCUUCACGCGCAGACAGACUCUGUGCAGCCACAGCUUCACACUCUGGUGAACAUGGAAUAA